UUUUUUUGGGUGGGUGCAUGGUACAAGCUAUCUUUAAAUCACCGCUUGUAUUUUCGAGGAAAAUAGACAAUUCUUUUGUUUUCUCCCCUUUUUUUUCUUCCAACGCACACAUCUUACUUAACGCUAUGACCGAUUCCAGGGACAGUAUCGAAAAACAAACUUUUCCUCAUCCACGAAGACAACAAAAACUAUCAUUUCAGGGCAUGAUGCUGCGACACGAACGACAGUUUCUUACCAUCGUUCAAGCUCUUUUACAACAACAAAACACUAUCAAUCAGCUCAUGUCCAUGCAGCAAACACAAAUGACAAUUAUUACAAGCUUAUUACAACGGCAAUGUCAACAACAGCAUUGUCAACAACAGCAUUGUCAGCAACAGAAUUGUCAGCAACAGCAUUGUCAGCAUUAUGUAACCAAUCAAGUUCGUUCAGUAGCUGAAGAUCAGCACAUUGAUACUCGCCACUUAUUAGAACAAGACAAUACCACUCCAAGGAGACCACUAUACGAUACUGCUUAUGAGGAACAACCAGAAGUCGAAAUCAAAUCCGAAUCACCUGAUUUAGAUGAAGCAGUGCCACAAAUGGAUCAAGAUCAAACAAGUGUGAAUGAAUGGAACAACGAUGAUGAUGAUGAAGAGGAAGACAAUAAUCAUGAUGAUCAUCAAACGGACGUACAACAACAUAUGGAGUUAGAAAGGUUCAACAACAAUGAUAGAAUAGACAAUUUUGAACGCGACUUUGAACGACCGAAGGAAACAGUGAAUGGGAAUCAACGUCUACAACCUGUUCAUGGUCCUCAAUGUGAUCAGGCGAUUCGAUAUCUUGUUGGACCAGAACGUGCACGAUUAGCAGCGAUUCAAACGAAGGAUUUAACGGUGAUGGUGAUGGAAGAUAUGGUAGCCAAAUUCGGGUUAAAGUAUAACUGUUAUUGGAAACAACUGGAUGAAAAGUAUCGACAUUAUGCUCAACAUGCUUUGGAAGAAGAAACACUCAAAGUGGAUAUCCAAUUGGUUCGAUGCAAAGAUUCUUGGUUGGCAGAUAAAUUAUUGACAAUAAAAUGGAAUAGUAGACAUGUUGGUUAUAGACGUGCAGUAAUUCGUCUGAAAUCACAAGGAAUGUUAGAGGAUACUGAAGAUACGAGACCUUCAUCAGGUCAUAAAAGAAAACUAUCUGAUUCAUCAUCCCAAACAAGCUCUUCGACAACAUCUUCAUCACGAUGGGGAUCAUCACCACAAGAAACUAUACAAAAGGAUGAUCAAACACCUGCACUACCACGUCGAACACCACGAAAAGAAAGAAUUCGAAAAGAACUAGCAUCCAACCUCACUGAAAAAUUCACAACAGCAAGCUCUUCAAGGCGAUUAAGGUGAAGCAUGGUUUUAUUUAGCAAGAUAUUCUCUCUUUUUUUUUUUUUUAUGAUCAGUUAAUUAGUAUAGUUUGUCAUUUUGUUUUUUCUCUAUCCUCAAUAAACCUAGGAUGAUCGAUCACUUUUUGUCUCAAUUUAAAGUGAAUAAAACUGAUAGUUGGAUCUCCGCUUCCUUUAAUUUCAUUCAAUUUU